GUUGAUGAAUUGUGCACACACAAAGCACUUUGCCGGGAACCGUCAAACGAAACGGUCGUGAAAGUCGGAGAGUCUCUGAACCUCAUACACAGUGAAGAAAGAAAAAAGCAAUAUUCAUGUAAAACGUGUGUUUAAGUGGUGAUUUACGAUUUUAUUUUCCUUCUUUCAUUUAAAAAACAAAAAAAACCAAAAGAAAACAGUUGUGAUAUUUUAGUUGUUAGUGGAAUUGUUGAACUUGAAGGCAUUCGCAGGGAAGUGAUUGGAUUGAAGUGCCAAAUAAGCAGCAGCAUAUUUUUUCUUGUUCUGUCUCAUUUGCGUUCAAGAGCGAAAAUUCGCGUGUGUAUUAUUUAAUUUAUACAGUUGAAGUUUUAUAGCGAAUCAGCACAAUGCCACCAAAUGCAGCAGCAUUAAAUCACAAUACACUGGACGCGCUCGUCGCUGGCCAGAAGGAUAACGGCGUAAAUGAAGCAUCCAAACAGACUGGUGUCUUGUUCGAAGGUGAUGCCGAUACCGCCGAUGGCGCUUUGGCCAUUGAUGUGAAUCAAAGAAAACGUGCCGAAAAACGAAAACUCAGUUUAGUUUGGCGAAACAUAAUACUCUUCGGUUAUUUGCAUGUGGCAGCACUGUAUGGUGGAUGGCUAUUCUUUACUUCGGCAAAAUGGCCAACGGUAUUUUUCUCGAUCUUUCUCUACUCCAUUGGUGUUUUGGGCAUAACGGCUGGUGCACAUCGUUUAUGGGCUCAUCGCUCGUACAAGGCUAAAUGGCCAUUGCGUCUGAUUUUGAUUGCUUUCAAUACAGUUGCUUUCCAAGAUGCUGCUUACCAUUGGGCGCGUGAUCAUCGUGUACAUCAUAAAUUCUCCGAAACUGAUGCCGAUCCACAUAAUGCCACUCGCGGCUUUUUCUUCUCGCAUGUCGGUUGGUUGCUAUGCAAGAAACAUCCCGAUGUCAUUGCUAAGGGCAAGAGUUUGGAUUUGACAGAUUUGCAUGCUGAUCGUAUUCUGAUGUGGCAAUUGAAACAUUAUAUGAUUUUGAUGCCUUUGGCUUGCUUUAUCCUACCCACCGUUAUACCCAUGUUCUUCUGGGGUGAAUCGUUCGUCAACUCUUGGUUUGUUGCCACCAUGUUCCGUUGGUGCUUCUUGUUGAAUGUCACCUGGUGUGUAAAUAGUGCGGCGCACAAAUUUGGCGGACGUCCUUAUGAUAAGAACAUCAACCCAUCACAAUGCCCAGCGGUCUCUGCUUUUGCCUUCGGUGAGGGCUGGCACAACUAUCAUCAUGUCUUCCCUUGGGACUACAAAACCGCCGAAUGGGGCAACUACUCCUUGAAUUUAACAACAGCUUUCAUUGAUUUCUUCGCUAAGAUCGGUUGGGCAUAUGAUUUGAAAUCCGUAUCAGAAGAUAUAAUUGAGAAACGUGUCAAGCGUACGGGUGAUGGUUCUCACGAACUGUGGGGUUAUGGCGAUAAGGAUAUUACCAAAGAGGAUGAGGAAGGCAUUAUUAUAAUUAAUAAGAAAUCGGAAUAAUGCGCACAGAUGAUGUACUAUAUAAUAUACUUACUAUAUACAAACAUACCUAUAUGUGUCUUACCUGAACAUUAAAUGCAUCAAAUUCAUAAAUUCAGGAAAAAAACAAAUAAUAUCUACAACAACAAUCAAUCUACUUACAUACGUAUAUGAAUUGAAAUAGCGAUUAUCUUUAAGGAUUAAAAAUCAUUCAAGGUGAACUUUUUCCUAUUUUCGCAACGGCUGAUAAUAUUUAAAAUCGUGUAAAAAUGUAAAACAAAAACAUAUUAAUCAAAAAUUUUCUAUGUAUAUUUGGAAUUAUAAAAUUUAUAUAUGCAAAUAUUGUUUCAUUCAUCGCUAGAUAGAAGCUAACUUUAUACUUUUUCUACGAUCAUCUGCUGAUUGUCACAAAACAAAACAAAAAAAAAAAGCAAAAACACCAAAAAAACAUUCGUUCUCAAAGAUAAUGUAUUUAUUAAUUUAUAAUCAUUUUGUACAUAAAAUAAAUUUAAACUAUGCAAUCUCUUGCAUAUUUAGUUAGAAUAAUGCUUACAUACAUAUAUAUAUACAGUAUGUGCAAAACCUUGAAUAAAGUACGAAACCUUAUGAAUAUUUAAAUGUUACAAAAACUAAAA